CAUCCGGUAGUGUCAAAAAAAAAAACACAUCACUAUGGUUGACUCUUUAAGACUAACAUGCAGCAAAUUUUCCUGAAGAUAGUCCAUCUUCUAAAAUUUCUGUGCGUCUGAAAAAUUAUACUGAAUUUAUAAGUUUGAAUACCUUCAAAGAUGACCCUAGUUACAAUAGAACAAAGUCCUGUACCGGUAACACAAGUAACACCAAAUUUACCCAGUAACACUUCUCCAGUUAAUGAAAAGUAUAAGAUUGCAGCAGCUCCCUGUAAGUACUUCAUUACAAUAAAUAGUGACUCGGAUGAAACUUUGAGUAAUAUUGAAUCAGUUCCCAAUAGUCCAGGGAAAGAAAAUUCGCAAACUUCAGUUAGAAGCUAUUCCAGUUCAACUAAUAACCAUCAAAAGGAUAAGUAUCCUCGAAGCAAAUCACCCAAAAGAGAUAAGAGCCCAAUGGCUUGUGAAAUUUAUAGAUGCAUGAAUAUUGAAAACACAGAGGGUGAUCAAAGUAAUGAAUUGGCAACUGGCAGCAUUAAUAAACGCCAGAGAAUAGACAUUGGUAGUACCUUAAUUUGUAAUGACAAGAAAACAGAACCUCGACCUCAAUAUUAUAUGGAAGACUCCUUAGCUCAAGACCCUUUUGUACUAGCUGAAGUCAUUAAAAAAAAUAUAGGAGGUAUUAGACAUAACAUAAUUCCUGAGAGUCCACAAGAAGUGCCAUGGCUCAGACAUUAUGAAAGACCACGUGCCAUUCAUCUAGGCUCAGCCAAGAAUACUAGCCAGUUUGAAGAUAAAGGAAAGGAAAAUUUACGACAAAACCAAAGCUUAUCCUGCGCACAGAAGAAAAAUUAUGAGACAAUUAAGAAGCCUACUAAUGUUAUAACCGCAGGUGAUACAGCUCAACCCGAUUCUUAUGCUGCAGGACACUUGUUGAGAGGUCGACAUGAAAAACAACCAAAACCAGUUACCCGGACACUUGGUAAACGGGGGAGGCCACGAAAGCGGAAUUGUCAAAUGUCUGGUCCAUCUUCAAAAACAAAGAGAAAAACGCAGGAUACAACUUCUAAUACACCAUUCAAUUCGGAACAAAUAUCAGCAACUAGUGAUGGUGAACCAGGAGUGAACAACAGUACAAAUAGGCCAUCUGGCAAUGGAUUAACACUAAAUGGUCAUGCUUUGAGUAUAUGGGAAUUGCAGACUCUAUUUUUUAAAUUCUUGCAACACGGGCAUUUUAGAGUUGAUCCUGAGCAACCACUGAUCGUUACGUUCAAUAAUGAUGAAAAUAAAAAUUUUGCUGCAAGAAUGCAAUGUUACGAUCCCAAGGGGUAUCACACGCAACCUUGUAACACAGAUGUGACGAAUAAUCCUGAAAGCCAAGAAAAUCCAUAUUCACACCGACACUUUUCAACUAACAAUGAUGUUAGCAGACAUCAUUCGAAGAAUAAUGGAUGGCCAAAUGACAGAAAUCGUUGGAAUUGUAAUAGCGAACUCCCUACUUAUACGAAUCCAAUAUCGAAUUACAUGCAAUCUCAACGCUCUUCACCUUCAUAUUACCACCAAAACUUGUACAACAGUGCAAACCUAAUGGGAGACAACCUUAAUAGUGACCAUGGAUACGUGAAUUCAAAUAACUUGAUGAACAAUGCUUUGAAUCUCCUACCAACUACCAGUAACAUUAAUACUAACAUCAAUUUUAAUCAGAAUAAUCAACGUCAAUAUGAGAACCCAGUAAAUAGCCAAGAGAUGGAUUUGUCAACGAUAAAUAAAAAUGCAAUGUUGAACAACUCCACAAACUCGGUGCCUAGUAUGUCUGUAAAUAAUCUGAGUCCCGACUGGAGAUCCGACAACACCAAUGGAGUUGUAUCGAAUACGGACUCGAUGAACUUUUUGAGUGAGGUGAGCCAAACAUUAGAAGAUAGCACAAGCCUGAACAAUUUUAUGCACAGUCAAAAUUCACCGAACAGUGUAUCAGAUUCUUGGACGAAUAGGACGAAUGAUAUGCUCAACAUUAAUAGAUAUUCAACAUUUCCCCCAUGGCAAGGAUCAUUUCCAAUGUACAGCUCGUACUUGAAUAACGCUGAACCUUAUUAUAAGAAUAUGUUCAACCCAUGCAACACUCUAAUGGCACUUGAUCUCCCAAAUUACCCUUACCAAUAUACUAUGGAGAAUAAUUUAACUGAAUGGAUGCAAAAUAUUACUCCAGGUGAUACUGGCAAUUCUGCAUUCAAUGCUCCAAGUUCUCAAUAUUCUCGUAUGAACUAUGGAUUCUCGGAAGUAAAUCCGAUGAAUCAAGGAAUAAACCUAUCACUGUCAAGUGAAGCCACAGUUAACACCGUGGUUUCUGAAACGAGGUUCACAGAUCUUGAUGAGACAAAUUCAGGAAUGGAACAUAGAAAUUCAUCGAAGCAUAAUAGUAUGGAAUUGAAGAAUAACAGUUAUCAAAAAGUUGAGUCAAGUGUUAAUAACGAGAUGCAAAAAAGUGCCAGAGGUUAUAGCGAGCCCAUAUGUGUGCCGUAUUCAAUGGGAUAUAAAAAUGACAUACAAAGUCGUGAUAUUUAUGAUAUUGAUGCAGCAAAUGUUGUUGACCAUGAUAUUGAUAUCUUGGGAGAACAAAAUCUACCUCCAAUUCAGGAUUAUGUUAGCCGGGCGCUAGAUAAUUGUGAAGGCUACUUUAAUCAGGCUUACAGAGCCAGCGAUUCUUCAAACUCCAGGACUCUCACUGACCGAUGGAAUAAUACAGAAACAGAAUUGACCAAGUUACGACAGGAGCUGGCUGAUUUUACCAAGCAAUAUUCCGAAAAUCAGACAAGAUCUGCAUCAUCAAUUCUACAUGAUGACGUUUACAACUACAUGAUAAUGCAAAACCUCAAAACGACUCAAUACGACUCAACCAAAACAAGUACAAACAAUAGUUUUAACUAUUAGUUAUCUAUAUAUUUUUAUACUAAGAACACCGUUUUAAAAUUGUUCUAUGAUAUAUUGAGUCAUCAUAUACCAGUGGUACCCUAAUCACACAGAAAAGGACAGUGAGUUUUUAUGGUUUAUGUUAGAGUCGUUAAAGUGUCUGAAAAGCUUAAGUACCUAUCAAUUUUGCUCGUUUUAACAUGCAGUAAAUAUUUUGAUAUCCGACUGGUUUAAUUCUAUUUCAUUAUAUGACAUCGCUUUAUAUAUCUGAUCAUACCGUGUAAUGAUAACAUUGUGCACUCAAAUGCGAUGUACAUUAAAUCCAGCAAAAAUUUUAUCAAACAGAAGCUCGUCGAAUGAAUCAUGAUAAUAUUCAUUGAGUAUUUAAUAUACACGCAAAUGAAGCACAAUCAUCUCAUGAAUUAUAAAGUGAUUAGUUAGGAAUAAUAAUCAGUCAGUAAUUUGAAAAUUUGCUAAGCCAUUCAUUCACUCGUGUCAAUUUAAAAAUGAAUGGCAUUGAACUUUAAUUUUAAUUUGAAUAACUUAAAUUCAGAAACAGCAAAAUGUUGAUAGUAUUAUCACUAUUACCAUUCAAAUUUUGCAAUUCGAAUAAAGUGUCGAUUUAAAAUUAUGCAUAAUUCAAAGACGUGUUUCCUACUAGUGCUUAAUAUUGUGUUUAGACCAGAUGUUACUCACCUUGUUGAAAUAUGUAUGCGUAG